UGCACUUUUCCUCUUAUUUUGGUGAAAAUUUAUUGAUUAAUCGGAAAAUGUAAUCCUGUAGAUGAAAAAUCGUGUUUCCAGAAUAAAAUAAGCUUUUGAGAAAGCUUCCUACGUGAAAUUCGACAAUAUUUUCUGGAAAAGCAAGCCAACAAAUCCAGUAAAAUGGAAGAGCUUUCUGGGGUGAUGAUUGUUCUCAUCAUCGGGGGAGGAGUCCUUGCGGUUACCAUUUGUUUCAUCAUUGCCAAACGGCAGAUUGUCCGUUUUACUCUCCGGCAGCGGCGUGGUCCACACGUUGCUGUCGGGCAUGAUGCUAAGAAGUCUAUUAAAAAGGAAAUUGAGAGGCGUAUCGACUGUAUUCAUAAGAUUUAUUUUGAGCCCAAGCUACUGUGGGACGAUAAGAAGGACGGCGAGAAGUAUAUACUGCAACCAGAUUCAAAUUUGCCGCCUUACUAUUAUCGGAUGAAAGCAAUGGAUGACGUGAAGGAACUCGAGAAAGAAAUAGCCAAACAGGACGGUUCCACCAGACAUCCAAGAGACAGCUUGAGAGCAUUCCUAUUGACUACAUUGGCUGCUCCGUUGAAUGGUUCUGGCCAAAGGUUGAUUCAUCAGUUCUGUGAUAUGUAUGAACACGCUCGGCAUGAUCCGAAUGAAUUUGGAGAAGAGGAAUACCAAGCAUACCAAAGAUUGCUCAAGAAGCUAACCGAUGCGACAAAAAUGUUGAAAUCUUUUACCAACAGUCGCAAAUCGUCGCCCAAUCGGACACCAGUAAAAAAACAAAGCAAAAUGCAAUCGCUCCUGGAUCCAUCGCGGUUGAGGCCACCCCCGAUGAGUGGUGCAGGAGUUGGAGCCGGUGGUGGUGGUCCUGGGAGCGAAGGUGGAAAUCAGAAUGCUCGGCUAAAUCUUUCCCUAGGUGUUCAGCUGCAACAUCAACAGCAACAACAGCAGCAACAGCAGGAUAUGGAUGAAAACGAAAUCCUCAGCAUCUCUCAGUAUCACGGGGAAACAGAAACCUUCGCCAUACACAGGUCUUUCAAAGAUUGAAAUGGUUUAGGACGCGACUAUGGUACAUGUGCGUCGUAAAUAAAUGCUGGCUUAUCCCUGGAUUAAAA